CCUAUAAAUCACUUCAUCCGGGCCGCCUGCUGCCACUUUUUAAAUCCGCCUUUCGAGCACCGAACGACACAGACGACAACCAUGAAGAGUGUCGCUUGGCAUAUUCUGGCCUUAUGCUUUGCCUUACCUGCGUCAGCUCAGGUACCAAAGAGAUGUUCAGCACCGCUGGAAUAUCCCCACACCAGACUAGACAAGAAAUUUACCAGCAGACAGAAGUUCGGCAGUGGGGAGAAGGUUUACUACGACUGCGCCGAGGACUUCACUCCAUCCAGAGGCAGCCGGGCUGUGCAGUGUGUUGAGGGAAAAUGGACCAAGGUGACUCUAAAAUGCGAAAAGAGAUCCUGUGGCAACGCUGGGGAUCUACCGAAUGGGCAGUUCCAGUAUGAAGGGAAUUCCUUCCUCGGAGAGAAAGUGUACGCUGUAUGCAAUGAGGGAUACACUCUGAAAGGACUGAACUACAUGAUAUGCAAGAAAUCUGGAUGGACUGGUGAAUUCCCGGUUUGUGACGAGGGAGAGACCACCUGCUCCAGCCCUGCGGUGGCCAACUCUGUCAAGGGCAGUGGAGAUGUUUCUGUGUACCGGGUGGGAGACAACGUGACCUUCGCCUGCAGUCAUGGUUUCCAGCUGGCCGGAGCUCCGCAGGUCACUUGUGGCCCCAGUGGCCUGUGGCAGCCUCAGCCCCCUCAGUGUCUGCCUUCACCUGAUGGUAAAACUGAACAGUCAUCGAUCAAAGAAACAGGUGGAUGCGGUGUGCCACCAAUCAUCAGCAACUCAAACGCCAACCUCGCUGACAAGUACAUCACACUGACGUCUUUUGCCUCUGGUGACAGAGUCCAUUACACGUGUGACGUUGGAUACAUUCAAGCAGGCGGCAGCAGGUACCGCACGUGUAAGGACGGAAAGUGGACACCACUGUUCCUGAAAUGUGAACCCAAGGUGUGUGGUUCUGCAGGAGAGAUUCUAAAUGGACAGUUCACAUACACUGGAGUAGAGUUCGGAGACACUGCAACAGCUAUCUGUGAUGAGGGGUACAGUCCUGUAGGAAAGGUAACCAGAAACUGCAUGAGUAACGGCUGGGAUGGACGUGUUCCUGUUUGUGAAGCUGUGGUUUGUGAAGACCCUCCAGAAGUGACAAAUGCAGAGAUGAAAGACCCUCAGGAGCCACCUUACACAUACAGGAGCGUUGUUCACUAUCAUUGUCGUGUGGGAACCCUUAUUGGACAAAGGGAGAUUUGGUGUACCGAGCAUGGGACGUGGAGCGCACCGCCUCCUAGAUGCACAGUAAUGACAUGUCCAUCUCCAAAUGUGCCCAGCGCCUACUGGAUGGGACCGCACAAUAACCUGUAUCAGUACAGGGACACUAUAUCAAUUGCGUGUAACCCAGGUUACGCCAGGAUCGGCCCGAGCACCGUUACCUGUGGUGGUGAUGGCCGAUGGUCCCCUGGUCUCCCCAUAUGUAGACGCACAUCACGUCACAGGCACUGGAGGAGCAAAUAUGCUAGCUAAAACCAUUCAUCCCAACCUGCUUAAACCACUCGACAGCAGUCGGCGGAGGAUGAAAAUAAUGAUCUCUUAAGCUAAACUAAUAGUCUUCCCUCUAAAAGAAAUACUGCCUUUUUUUUUUUUUUUCUUAAAUCCACCUUUCAAUAAUGCACUAAUAUAUUAUUUGCUCAUAAAACUUGUAUAAACGUAUUAUACAGACAUUAAAAUUAGUUUGAAAUGAA